CCUGUUGAACGGGAAACACGGGCAGUCUGUGAGGUUUGGACGGCCCUUUGGACGCCGAACCGGGGAGGGGGCUGGAAGAAAGCUGCGGCGGAUAUCCGUCUUUAAAUACCUGCCACAAACAAACCUAAAAAAAAAGGGGGGUCUUUGUGUUCGCCUGGUUUCUUUUUUUUUUCCUGUCCCUUCCCUGCUUACGUUUUUUUUUUCUUUCUCUCGCUGAAAAGAGAGUCUGGUUUCGUAACGUGCUGCUGCUACCAGUGCAGCGCGGAGGAGAAAGACGGGGGGGGGGAAAAAUAUCUUUUUAUUUUUUAUUUUCUCCCCAGAGAUGCGGAUUUAAAGGAGAGACGUUAUCAGCGUCACCUGGGAAAUUUGUAACCGUCAUUUUUUGAAAUUAGCGUAGCCGCGCGCGUGCCAGGAGACGACGACGACGACGUAUUUAUUUGUAUUUGUUGUUUUUUGUUUCUUUCAUUCCCGUUGAACUCUCCGGUACAGUGACGUUACAGAAAAAUACCAGACUGCCUUCUUCUUCUUCUUCUUUUUUUUUUUUUUUUUACAAGAACACGGAGAAAUAAAGAGAUUGAAUGCGUUUUCCCCAAGCCUCGACACCAUGAGCACAAUCUCACCAACAGAUUUUGACAGCUUGGAGAUCCAGCAGCAAUACAACGACAUCAAUAAUCGCUGGGACCUGGCGGCAGAGACCGACUGGGACAAUGAGAACAGUUCGGCACGUCUCUUUGAACGCUCUCGCAUUAAAGCGCUCGCAGAUGAGCGUGAAGCCGUGCAGAAGAAAACAUUCACCAAAUGGGUAAACUCUCACUUGGGUCGAGUGACUUGUCGCAUUGGUGACUUGUACACAGAUCUGCGGGAUGGCCGCAUGUUAAUCCGCCUUCUGGAAGUCCUCUCAGGAGAACAGCUGCCAAAACCCACUAAGGGCCGCAUGCGUAUCCACUGCCUCGAGAAUGUUGACAAAGCUCUGCAGUUUCUCAAGGAGCAAAAGGUCCAUCUAGAAAACAUGGGAUCCCAUGACAUAGUGGAUGGAAAUCACCGUCUCACCUUAGGCCUCAUAUGGACUAUAAUCCUCCGCUUUCAGAUCCAAGACAUCAGUGUGGAAACAGAAGACAACAAAGAGAAAAAGUCAGCCAAAGAUGCCCUUCUGCUUUGGUGCCAAAUGAAAACAGCAGGAUAUCCUAAUGUCAACAUCCACAACUUCACCACCAGCUGGAGAGAUGGCCUGGCGUUCAAUGCCAUCGUGCACAAACACAGGCCUGACUUGAUUGAGUUCGACAACCUGAAAAGGUCCAAUGCUCACUACAAUCUCCAGAAUGCUUUUAAUGUGGCUGAGAAGGAAAUGGGCCUCACUAAACUAUUGGACCCAGAGGAUGUCAAUGUUGAUCAGCCAGAUGAGAAGUCAAUCAUCACGUAUGUGGCCACCUAUUAUCAUUACUUCUCUAAGAUGAAAGCUCUGGCAGUGGAGGGAAAACGAAUUGGAAAGGUACUCGAUUACGCCAUUGAAGCUGACCAACUGAUAGAGAAGUACGAGACCCUGGCAUCAGAGCUGCUGCAAUGGAUUGAGCAGACCAUACUGACACUUAAUGAUCGGCAGCUGGCUAACUCUCUGAGUGCUGUUCAGAACCAGCUUCAGGCCUUCAACUCCUACCGGACUGUGGAGAAACCCCCUAAAUUUACAGAAAAGGGGAACCUGGAGGUCCUUCUCUUUACCAUCCAAAGCAAAAUGAGAGCAAAUAAUCAGAAAGUUUACAUGCCAAAAGAAGGCAAACUCAUCUCUGAUAUAAAUAAGGCUUGGGAACGACUGGAAAAGGCUGAACAUGAGCGUGAGCUUGCACUAAGAAAUGAGUUGAUUCGCCAAGAAAAACUGGAGAUGCUGGCGGCUCGCUUUGACAGAAAAGCAGCAAUGAGGGAGACGUGGCUGAGUGAGAACCAGAGAUUAGUGUCUCAGGAUAAUUUUGGGACUGAUUUGGGAGCAGUAGAAGCUGCCACCCGUAAACACGAAGCAAUUGAGACAGACAUCGGUGCAUACUGGGAGCGGGUUGCUGCUGUGGAGGCUGUUGCCAAAGAACUGGAAGCAGAGAAAUAUCAUGAUGUGCGUCGCAUACUGGCACGACGGGAUAACGUCCUUCGACUUUGGGAAUACCUCAAGGAACUUCUGGCUGCCCGCAGGGAGCGUCUGAACUCCCAUCGAGACCUACAAAGAUUGUUUCAGGAGAUGCGUUACAUUAUGGACUGGAUGGCCGACGAAAAGGGUCGCCUGCAGUCCCAGGAUAGUGGUAAACAUUUGCAUGAUGUGUUAGAUCUUCUGCAAAAACACAAUUUGGUAGAGGCUGACAUUUCAGCUCAGGCAGAGAGGAUAAAGGCAGUGCAAGGAGCCGCCAAACGUUUCACCUCCUACGACCAGGCUUACAAACCUUGUGAACCUGGUCUUGUUGGUGAGAAGGUCGAUCUGCUGGGUCAAGCUUAUGAGGAGCUUGGCCAGCUUGCGGCGACGCGUCGAGAGCGUUUGGAGGAUUCACGUCGACUGUGGCAGUUCAUGUGGGAUCUUGGUGAGGAGGCGGCCUGGAUCAGGGAGCAGGAGCAGAUUCUGGCCAGUGGGGACAAUGGCCGUGACCUCUCGUCUGCCCUUCACCUACUGAGUAAGCAUGAGGCCUUCAGGGACGAGAUGGCCGCUCGCUACGGCCCCCUUAGCAACAGCAUCGCUGCCGGAGAAGCUUUGGUUGAAGAGGGACACUUUGGAGCCCCGGAAAUCACGGAAAGAAUCCAAGACAUCCGUGGACAGUGGGCUCAUCUGGAGGAGACAACAAAGCUCAGAGAGCAGAGUCUGAAGGAAUCUGUGGCUUUGCACCAGUUUCAAACUGAUGCCAACGACAUGGAGGCCUGGAUUAUGGAGACGCUUAGACAAGUGUCCAGUCAAGAGGUUGGCCACGAUGAGUUCUCCACCCAAACGUUAGCUCGCAAGCAGAGAGAAAUUGAAGAGGAGAUCCAAAGCCACCGCCCCCUUAUUGACUCGCUCCAUGAGCAGGCCCAAGCACUGCCAGAGGCAUACAUUCAUUUCCCUGAAGUGGAGGGACGUCUUCCUGCUAUUGAGCAGCGCUAUGAAGAGCUAGAGUCUCUAUCAGCAGCUCGGCGACAGGCUCUGGAAGGCGCCCUGGCGCUUUAUCGCAUGUUCAGCGAAGCCGACGCCUGCCAGCUGUGGGUGGAAGAGAAGGAGCAGUGGCUGGAUGGCAUGGAGAUCCCUACCAAGCUGGAAGACCUGGAGGUUGUGCAGCAGAGGUUUGACACCCUAGAGCCUGAGAUGAACAACUUGGGUACUCGGGUCACUGAUGUGAAUCAAGUGGCUGAGCAGCUGCUGAGCUCAGACAACUGCAGCAAAGACCAAAUCCACCAGACAAGAGACCAGCUAAACAACAGAUGGAAAGAGUUUGAGAAGCUGGCUGGCCAAAAGAAGCAAGCCUUGGAAUCUGCUCUUAACAUCCAGAACUACCACCUGGAGUGUAACGAGAGCCAGACGUGGAUGAAGGAAAAAACCAAAGUGAUUGAAUCCACGCAGAGCUUGGGCAACGACCUGGCUGGAGUGAUGGCACUUCAACGCAAGCUAACUGGCAUGGAGAGGGACCUCGAGGCUAUUCAGGGUAAGUUGGAUGAUUUGACAAAGGAGGCAGAAAAACUCGCCAGUGAACAUCCAGAUCAAGCUGGAGAAAUCCAGGGUCGCCUGGCUGAGAUUCAGGAGGUGUGGGAGGAGUUGAAUGCCACCAUGAAGCGACGGGAGGAGUCACUGGGAGAAGCCAGCAAACUUCAGGGUUUCCUCAGGGACCUGGAUGACUUCCAGUCCUGGCUGUCCCGCACUCAGACCGCAGUGGCCUCAGAAGACAGCCCCACUUCCCUGCCUGAGGCCGAGAGUUUGCUCGCCCAGCAUGAGAGCAUCAAGAACGAAGUUGACAACUACAAGGAGGAUUAUGAGAAGAUGCGAGCGGUUGGCGAGGAAGUGACCCAAGGUCAGACGGACGCCCAGCACAUGUUUUUGGCCCAGAGGCUUCAGGCGCUGGACACUGGGUGGCAUGAGCUGCGACGCAUGUGGGAGAACCGCCACAGUCUUCUGGCCCAGGCCUUCGAUUUCCAGACUUUCCUUAGAGAUGCCAAGCAAGCUGAAGCUUUUCUCAACAGCCAGGAGUACGUGUUGUCCCACACAGAGAUGCCCACCAAUCUUCAGGCUGCAGAGGAGGCCAUUAAGAAGCACGAGGAUUUUCUCACCACCACAGAGGCCAGCGAGGAGAAGAUAACGGGUGUGGUGGAGGCUGGACGGCGCCUUAUUAAUGACUCCAAUGCAAACGCAGAUAAAAUUCAAGAAAAAGUUGAUUCAAUCCAGGAAAGACAUUGUAAAAAUAAGGAGGCUGCAAAUGAACUGCUUUCAAAGCUUAAAGAUAACUGUGAACUUCAGCGCUUCCUGCAAGAUGGGCAAGAGCUGACUUUGUGGAUCAACGAGAAGAUGCUAACAGCACAGGACAUGACUUAUGAUGAAGCUCGAAAUCUUCACAGCAAAUGGCAGAAACACCAGGCCUUCAUGGCAGAGCUGGCCUCCAACAAAGACUGGCUGGAUAAGAUUGAUAAGGAGGGUCAAGCACUGGUGGCGGAGAAGCCUGAGCUGAAGCCGGUGGUCCAGCAGACGUUGGAGGACCUGCAGCGUCAGUGGGAGGAGCUGGAGAGCACCACCCGGACCAAGGACCAGUGCUUGUUUGAAGCCCACAGAGCAGAGAUAUUUACACAGAGCUGCUCCGCUCUGGAUGACUGGCUGAAAAACAUCGAGACCCAGCUGCACAGUGACGACUACGGAAAAGAUUUGACCAGCGUCAACAUCCUCCUUAAAAAGCACCAGAUGUUGGAGCAUCAGAUGGAGGUCAGAGAGAAAGAGGUGCAGUCCCUACAAAGUCAGGCUGUUGCUCUGUCCCAGGAGGAUGCAGGGUUGGCUGAGGUAGACGGGCAGCAGAAGCGAGUCAUUGACAGUUUUUCUGGGCUCCAAGACCCUCUUAACCUGAGGAGACAGCAGCUGCUGGCCUCUAAAGAAGCACAUCAGUUCAACAGAGACUUGGAAGAUGAAAUUCUUUGGGUAAAAGAACGGAUGCCUCUGGCAUCUUCCACAGAUCAUGGAAAAGACUUGCCAACUGUGCAGCUGUUAAUCAAAAAGAACCAGACGUUGCAGAAAGAGAUCCAGGGCCACCAACCUCGCAUCGAUGACAUCCACCGUCGAGGUGAGGCUCAGAGCCAGGUGGACGGCGACAGGCAGUCACUGCUGAAGGAACGCCUCGUUGAGCUCAGGGAUCUCUGGGACCAGCUGAUCGCAGAGACGGACAAGCGUCACGACCGUCUGAUAGAGGCCAAUCGCGCACAGCAGUUCUAUGCUGAUGCGGCUGAAGCAGAAGCCUGGAUGGGGGAGCAGGAGCUGCACAUGAUGUCGGAGGAAAAAGCAAAGGAUGAGCAAAGUGCUCUGGCAAUGGUCAAGAAACACCAGAUCCUAGAACAGGCCCUGGAGGACUACGCCCAGACCAUCCACCAGCUGGCCAACAGCAGUCGUCUCAUGGUCACCAGCGAGCACCCAGAGAGUGAAAGAAUCACCUUGCGACAAGCCCAGGUAGACAAGCUGUACGCCGGCCUCAAAGACCUGGCAGAGGAGCGCCGUGUGCGUCUUCAGGAACGGCUGCGGCUGACCCAGCUGAAGCGAGAGGUAGAUGACUUGGAGCAAUGGAUCGCUGAGAGGGAGGUGGUCGCCGGCUCCCAUGAACUGGGACAAGACUAUGAACAUGUCACGAUGCUGAGGGACAAGUUUCGUGAGUUUGCUCGUGACACCAGCACCAUUGGCCAGGAGCGUGUAGACGGCGUGAACGUGUUAGCAGAUGACCUCAUCGAGUCCGGUCACCCUGAGAACGCCAGCGUGGCAGAAUGGAAGGACGGUCUAAAUGAGGCCUGGGCUGACCUGCUAGAGCUUAUUGACACACGCACGCAAAUGUUAGCCGCCUCCUAUGAGCUGCACAGGUUCCAUCAAGAUGCUAUGGAGGUGCUUGGACGUAUCAAGGAGAAGAUGGAGGCGGUGCCUUCAGACCUUGGCCGGGAUCUAAACACGGUCCAGCAUCUCCACAGACAGCACAACACUUUUGAAAAUGACAUCCAGGCCCUCAGCGGACAAGUGAACCAGGUGCAGGAUGAUGCAGCACGUCUGCAGAAGGCCUAUGCUGGUGAAAAAGCAGAUGACAUUCAAAAGAGUGAAACGGCCGUGACGACUGCCUGGCAAGGGCUGCUGGAGGCCGGCAAAGCCCGCAGGCUCCUCCUGCUGGACACAGUGGAGAAGUUCCGCUUCUUGAACAUGGUGCGAGACCUCAUGCUCUGGAUGGACGGCAUCAACGUGCAGAUCGACGCGCAUGAAAGUCCGAGGGAUGUAUCAUCUGCUGAGUUAGUCAUUGUCAAUCAUAAGGGCAUCAAAUCGGAGAUUGAGACCAGAGCAGACAGUUUCACUGCCUGCACCAAGAUGGGAAAUGACCUCAUCAACAAGAACCAUUAUGCAUCUGACGAGAUCCGAGAGAAAAUGGCUCAGCUCCAGGAAAAAAGAGAUAAGAUCAACAGCAAGUGGCAGGAGAAGAUGGACCAUUUACAAAUUGUGCUGGAGGUGCUGCAGUUUGGACGAGACGCCAACGUGGCAGAGUCAUGGCUGGCAGGGCAAGAACCUCUUGUCCGAGCGGCGGAGCUUGGUGCUAACGUUGAUGAGGUUGAGAGCCUCAUUAAGCGCCACGAAGCCUUCGAGAAACUCGCUGCAGCUUGGGAAGAACGCUUUGUGCAGCUCGAAAAACUUACCACACUGGAGGAGCAUGAAAUGCAGAGGAGGCGAGAAGAAGAAGAGAGAGCACGGCGACCUCCUACUCCUCCGCCUGUAGAAGAGGUGGUGCCGUCUGAGCCACAUAGUCAGCCACAUGAUUCAGCAGCAAGAACAAGUCUGGACCAGACGACACUUAAUCAAUCGGUGUCAGUAAAUGGAAUGCACAGCGAUAAUGACACGUCUCAGCAGUCUUUAUCGCUGCCGUUGUCAGUGGGAAAGAAAUCAGAGCCUAAACGUGUGUGUAAGCCCAAACAGCAGGAGCGUGGCUCAGAGUCCGAUUCGGUUAAUGGACCCGGUAGAGACAGCGGCCUGGCGUCCUCUCGCCUCGAGCCGUCUGCCACGUUACCGAGCAGAGGCGGUGCCGACUCCGAGCCAGAAGCCAUGGAGGGCAUCCUCUGCCGAAAACAGGAAAUGGAGUCCCACAACAAAAAGGCAGCUACCAGAUCAUGGCAGAGCAUGUACUGCGUUCUUAGAAAAGGAAGUCUGGGUUUCUAUAAAGAUAGCAAGAGUGCCAGUAAUGGCAUUCCAUACCAUGGAGAGGUUCCCAUUGUUCUGGAUGGCUCUGUAUGUGAAGUAGCCCACGACUAUAAAAAGAGGAAACAUGUAUUCAAGCUCAGGCUAGCAGAUGGGAAAGAGUUUCUGUUCCAAGCCAAGGAUGAGGUGGAAAUGAGUUCCUGGAUUCAGUCCAUUGCUGGCUCCAUCCCAUCGGCAUCAGGGGACUCGCCGGGAGCGCCCCGACUCAGCCGCGCCAUGACGAUGCCCCCCAUCUCGCCAAGCUCAGGAGAAGGCGUAACCAUGCGCAACAAAGAGGGAAAAGAGAAGGAUCGUGAGAAGAGAUUCAGCUUCUUUGGCAAGAAGAAAUAGGACAUUUGUAAAUGGAAACAUCCAAAAUCUAAAAAAUUCCACAGACUGAGGCAGGCGGACGGAAAGGUACACACAGGUCAGACAGACGCACUGCUCUCCAUGCAGGACCCGAGGAAUUGCCAACAGAUCUGUCACUUGGGACUCUUCAAUCCUUUUUGACUUCCUUUUCUGUUUGUUUCCCUCAGCGUUUUAAUCUCUUGUUUACUUUAUUUUCUCCAAAUCUAUACUUACUAUUCACAUUUAUCACCCAAACUAGCGUCAGACAAGCUUGUUAGUAUAAGUCUGUAACAUCAGCUGGAUGGGACAGGUCAGACGACUGAAGCGGCUCGUCCUCUGCAGGAAUCGUCUCACAGUGACUCCUAGCGGACGGAGUCUCCAGGAAAACUACUAAUCGUGUUUUUUUUCCAUUCCUCACAAGCGUCCUCUUUUGGGGGGCGAUAACAUCCGUUUGUUUUUAUGUUGAUGUUAGUAACUUGAUUAAUAUUAUUAUUAAUAUUUAUCUUUUGCAAUGUAUGGUUUGAGAAGAAAACUAAUUAGCUAAUGACCUUGAUCUAUGUUGUGGAGAGAAACAAAUUUGGUUCAACUAGUGGAGAAUGUUGGUCUUGCCCUUGUAUUUUUUUUCUCUUUAGGAAAGAACAUUUAUGAGGUGUUUUGCAACAAAAAUAAAGCUUGAGUUUUAGCCGUGUGUGUUAAAUGAUCACAGGUACCACUGGGAAAAUCAUAUAUACAUAUAUUUAAUUAGUGGUCUUAUAAUUCUUUUUUUCUUGUUUAUCUCCGAUUUUGCCUGCAUUUGAUUAUUUCUUUUGAGUGAUCUUUUCUGCUUGAUUUUUAACUUUGUUUUUUUUUUUUCCUUCAUAAAGCAGAGAUUAGUUUUCACACAAUGUGAGCGUGUGUGAGUUGUGGUGCUGUGGAUUUUGCAUGUUUAUUUGUUCCUGAUUAAAUACGGUUGGAUGGAUGUUGCUUUUCGAAAACCAGACACAAGCAAAAUAUCACUGGAGUAAUUUUCUGAAAAUGUUACUUUUCCUUUUGCGUUAUAGUAGCUGCAACCAGUAACAUUCCUCUAGACAUUAUUUUUCUCCUCUUUGUUUUAGUCUCCUAAACUAUUUUCCAUUGUUUUGGUCGAAAUGAAAGCUUUGAGGACAGUUGGCAGAUGAACGGCAGACUGCGGUGAUGAGAGCAUGACUGAAGGACAGAUUUCAUUCCAAGCGAGGGGAGUGGAAGUAAGACAGGAAGGGCAUUGAUGAAGACGCUUUAGGUGCUCUCCUACAACCAGACAUGAGCCUGACCUUUACUUGAACACACUACAUUUAUUCUGAUCCCUUUUUACAAACACACCCUUCAUUCAAAACAGUCUUAAAGUUUUCUUAGUACAAAGAAGUGAAUGUUAACCAUGUGCCCUGUGGCAAUGACCUAAUGUAUGUCAGUGAAUUAUUAGUCUAGAUGCAAUGAUGGCGACCAUGAGAAGCUCUGCUUACAAGCAGACAAGUUACUGAGGAAAACGGUCCUGCAGGUAGUUUAAUGAGCUGUUUUGCUAAUUUUGUUUUUUAUUAUUAUUUGAAUAUAUGGCAUGACAAUGUGGGCUGAUUAUUGUACGUGUCUGAGCAAUACCAUCUACUUUUUAUGUUAACUUAUUCUGGAAACAUCAGCUUUUAAUCACGUCUAGACGUAACAAUUAGACGUAAUUUGGCAGACAAAAGGGAGAAACUCACUCUAGCAUAGCAAAUGUAAGCAAAUACUAGGUGAUGGUUUCCUCAGAUAUUGUUUAUGAAAAGGACCUUUACAGGAUGUAGACAUUAGUACAAAUUUACACAAUUGUUCAUAGCUGCACCUGAUCUUACACAAAACCAAGUAAACGGUAUAAAACGGUGGCUGCAAUUUGUGUGUGUGUGUGUUUUUUUUUAACAGUAUAUGUACCCCUACAAAUCUGGUAUUUGAGUGGCAUGACUUGUAAAAGUAUUUACCUAUAUGGAUGUCACACCUAGGCAUGGGCUGGUAUUUUUAAUCAGAGUUAAAAAUACCAAGGUAUCACAUAAUUUCAACCAACAUUUAAAACAAGCAUAUGUAAUAUGGUCUUAUUGUUAGUUUUCAAGUGCUUACCAUGCAGAAUACUAUAGUUUUUUUACUGUUCUUGGUUUUUAUAGAGCAAUACGAGCUAUUAGCUAGUUAAUUAGUCUGGUUACCUGCUCUGGUAGCUAGCCUGCAGUAGGCUGCUUAACAGACAUGCUGCUCAGCUGUAGAUUUAAAAAGGUCCAUUUUCAUGCCAUGACUGUUUCGCAAGUAGGGAUAUUUUCAAAAAUCCUGUUUUGUUUUUUUUGUAAACAAGAGGAAGGUGUUGGAGAUUUAUUUUGUUUUCUCUUCACUUUGAUGCAUCUUGAGACUGCUAGUCGCCCCAUGCCUAGUCGAUCUGAACUGCAGGAUGGUCGCACAAAUCAGCUCGAAAGGGGCGUUGGUCAUUUUCCAAGAGUAGACUUCAUAGUGAUUUGUCCCAAUCAUUAAUAAAGAUAAUUGGUAUGACAUGAAAUGGCAACAUGUAGGUACAAAGUGGGGGUACAAAAUGGCAAAGAGGCAACUUUCACCUUUUAAACCAACUGGUUUUCUUUUCCUUGUCCAAACAAGGACUAUUUAGAUAAAGGAAAUCCCUGAACUCCUUUUGAACACAGAUUGGUUAAGAGCAGGCAGCCCCAACUUUAUAAAGCACACCUGUUUCUAUCUGUAGGACUGAAUAUUCCAGGCAUGACGCAGAGCUUCCAGUUUCAGUUUAGGUUGCCUGAAAUUAAGCCACAAUCAAAGAACCACAUAACAUGCAUUAUGUGAGCCAACGCAAUUGGCACAAAUUGGAAGAGAGGCGCCGUUCCUUCUUGGACAAGGUGGUGUGACUCCCAGUGAUGCCCGUUCUCCCAACAUUUACUACCACAUCCGAUUGAUGCUGCGCUCCAGCUCAGAGGUCACACAGUGUAUUUUCAUACUGGCUCGUUUGAAUGUGAAUGAACUCAAUUGAAUUUGGUCAAGUGAAGCUUAACUCAUACUUGACAUACUGUACACAGGCUCUGUAUCACGCAUACUCGCAUUAAUAAGACUUUGGUACUCCAGUCUUGUGGGAAUGUCCUCAACUGGAUAUGAUUUGAUGUUGCAUAUUGCAUCCUUUCUAAAAAAAUAUAUAACUUUGUGCUACUGGUGAGCUUUGACCAGAACAUAAAAAGUAUGCAAUAUUGAUGUCAAGCAGGUUUUUGGAUUGAAGAGUACUGGUAUCGAUGAAGAAAAACAGCUUUUACAUGUUGAGUAUUAGAUGUGGUUGAAUAUAGACUGCGGACAGUUUAUAUUCCUCUUUCAGAAGAAUGCUGAAUAUUUGCUGUCCAUUGGGAGCUUGUAUUUUUUCAUCCAGUGGUCUGUCUUGCAGCACUUGAUAAACCUUUUCUUCUCUCAUUUCUCAGUACCUUUGACAAAUGUCUGUUCCUUCCUCUGUAAUUCAGAGUUGUUAAUACCACUACUUGUAUUAAUUGCUCUUAUGACCAUUAUUGCUACUGUUGUUACUAUUACUACUACUGUUACUAAUGCAACGUAUUGCAAAAAAUUACAACUGGUGUCCCAUUUUUUUUCAGGUACGUGUCUGUAAUGCCAGACUCUUCCACACGAUGUCAGUGUGCUGUGGAGCAUUUUCAUUACAAAUCAAAAAUACUGUUUGUUGACUUGUGUAUCUACAUCUAAUAUUAGGAAUAAUAAAACAGUUUAAUCAACA